ACGGGUACCCAAGUAAAAAAGCCGGACGGGCGCGGAGAUACAGUGCCAGCCACUAUGUCACUGGGCAGGCUGAGGGUGCUGGAGAUGCUGCGGCGUGCCACACUGGCACCACUGGCUGGGCUGAGGCCCUCUCUCUGCCAGCCACUGACAACAGCUGUCACUGAAGACCCCCUGGAUCACUCAGACCAGCCAACAGACCCAGCAACCACAAGGAAGACCAGCAAGGCCAUGAUGGCCUAUAUGGAGCGUGCUGCAAAACAUGAGGAGUUCAUGCGCAAGGAAAUAUCUGAGUUCGAGAUCGGAAAGCGACAUCUGGCCAACAUGAUGGGUGAAGAUCCUGAACAUUUCACCCAGAGAGACAUUGAUAGGUCCAUCCGGUACCUCUUCCCGACCGGCAUUUUCGACAAGAAGGCGCGCCCGAGGAUGCUACACCCGAGCGAGGUGUUUCCGCAGCAGAAGGAGGCGCAGUUCGAUGAGACUGGCCGGCCCUUCCACUCGCUGUUCUACACGCUGAAGCCGAACUUCUACAUGACGCUCUACGAUCUGGUGGAACGGUUGAACCAGCUGGACAAGCUGGAAUCCAAGAACGUGGCCCGUGGCCAGCUACCAGAUCCAUCUCAGAAACUGUCGCUCCUCGGGAGUGAGUGGUUGAAUGUCGUGGAGCUGGGCAAGACGUUGCUGGAGCCGUUGAACGAGCACCAGUACCAGGAAUUCAUUCGGGCCAUGAACCGUCUGGUGGAGCACCCGCUGUCGUAUCACCAGAAGGACUUCAUCUUCAAGUACCGCAAGACUCUGCAGGUGACCAGCAAGGUCGAAGACGUGCCCGAGCUGAUGUUCGACGCCGACGGCCGGCCGUACAUGGAGGCGGACGGGUUCCGGAAGAAGCUUGCCAGGGCUCGGGUGACGGUGCGUGGCCGCGGCUCGGGCCGCGUCACCGUCAACGGCAUCCCGCUGCUGCAGUAUUUCUGGCGCAACGGCUCGCGCAGCGGCAACCAGGACGUGGCCCAGGUGAUGUUCCCGCUGCAGGUGGCCGGCCUGCUGGACGCCGUGGACGUGGAGGCGACGGUGCGGUACGCCGGGCCUGUGCAGCGGUACGCCGACCGCGAGCGGAAGGGCCAGCCGCACCCGGUGCAGGCGCCUAGUGCGCAGGCCGGCGCCCUCCGGCACGGCGUCGCCGUCGCCCUGCGCAGCUUCGUCGACAAGGACAUGCAGGAGACGAUGCGGAUAGCUGGCUUGUUGACCCGCGACGUGCGCACCCGGGAACGGUACAAACCUGGCAAGAAGGGCGCUCGCAAGGGCCGUACGUGGAAGAAGCGCUAGUGCCACCUGUCGGGGACUGGCGAAACUGUGUUUCACUGCGGGGCCGCGCGGUGUGAGGAACUGGUGCCGUGCGACAUUGUUAUGAAGUGGGUGCAAAAGCGGUCUAGAAUAUCUGAGUGUUGCUCCUAUAGGUUUACAUAGCGUGGAAUGACGAGUGACUUCGCUCCCAAAAUACAUGAUCUUUUGAGAAAUAUGGGGUUCAUGAAGGGUUUGAGACUGCUGUUGCUUACAGCACUAGUCUUUUCUAACAACAUAAUGCAACAUACGGGGUUGCUAUGUCAGUCCCUAUCAUCAUGCCAGCACACGCCCAUGUUAUCAUCCUUAUUUCAUCAUGCAUCCUCGCGGCGCCCCACUUGUCCACGGGCGCCGCGAGGAUACAUGAGUCUUGUCGUGUAUGCGCCAGCCGUGAGUGGGCCGAGGUGGCCCUGUGCGGGGGUUCUGAGCACCAAUAAACACCCUGCAAAGCG